AUGGCUGUAAAGGUGGGCACAGAGUCACAGAUGCUCGUGGUCAUCAUCUGGCUGUGCUACGGCACACCACACCUGGACCUCAAGGACAAAUGGUGCACAGCACGCCGCACCGCUAAUGGCUGCCACAGUUUGCAUGUGAAACACAAAAGCCCUCGCUCCCACGCUCAGCGCACUUUUUGUGCGACGCUGGCUGUGCUCGUGUCUGAGGAAAAAGGCGGUGUGUGUAUUGCUCAAUCUCUGAAGAUCCCCAGAGAGCCCAGACUGGGAGAAUUCGACAAGAUCAUCCUGCGGCUACUGGAGACACCCAACGCUCGAGCCAUUGUCAUGUUUGCGAAUGAAGAUGAUAUCAGACGUGUCUUGGAUGCUGCAAAGCGCAACAACCAAACCGGUCACUUCUUGUGGGUGGGAUCGGACAGCUGGGGCUCUAAAAUAUCUCCAGUCGUCCAGCAGGAAAGCGUGGCGGAAGGUGCUAUUACCAUCCUUCCAAAAAGAGCAUCCAUAGAAGCCUUUGACAGAUACUUCAAAAGCCGCUCCUUGUCCAACAAUCGACGGAACGUUUGGUUUGCAGAGUUCUGGGAGGAGAACUUCGGAUGCAAGUUAGGGAUGCACGGCAAGCGUCCCGGCAGCCCCAAGAAAUGCACUGGGUUGGAGAAAGUCGGCAGGGACUCCACUUAUGAGCAAGAGGGAAAGGUGCAGUUUGUGAUGGACGCGGUGUACGCUAUGGCCAACGCGCUGCACCGCAUGCAUCGGGACCUCUGCUCGGGAUAUCCAGGACUUUGUCCACGCAUGAGCAACAUAGAUGGCAAGGAGCUGCUGGGAUACAUCAGAAACGUCAGCUUCAAUGGAAGUGCAAAGACCCUAGUUGUGUUUAAUGAAAACGGAGACGCCCCUGGACGCUACGACAUCUACCAAUAUCAGAUAACAAACAGGUCGGCUGAGUACAGAAUCAUCGGCCACUGGACGGACCAGCUGCAUUUAAAUAUGAAUGCCAUGCAGUGGGCGAGCGGAGACUCAUCCGUGCCGGCGUCUGUAUGCAGCCUGCCCUGUCAGACCGGCGAGCGGAAGAAGGUUGUGAAGGGGGUGUCGUGCUGCUGGCACUGCGAGCGCUGCGAGGGCUACCAUUACCAGGCCAGCGAGUUCACGUGCCAGCUUUGCCCAUAUGAGCAACGGCCAGAUCAGAACCGCACCGGCUGCCAGCCAAUCCCCAUCAUUAAGCUGGAGUGGCACUCGCCGUGGGCUGUAGUACCCGUCUUCAUUGCCAUCCUGGGAAUCCUCGCCACGACCUUCGUGGUGGUGACGUUCGUGCGUUACAACGACACGCCAAUCGUACGGGCCUGCGGCAGGGAAAUGAGUUACGUGCUGUUAACAGGAAUUUUCCUAUGCUAUGUCACCACGUUCCCCAUGAUAGCAGCGCCCGAUGUGGCCGUCUGCUCCUUCCGCAGGAUCUUCCUGGGUCUGGGCAUGUGUUUCAGCUACGCUGCCUUGCUCACCAAGACCAACCGCAUCCAUCGGAUCUUUGAGCAGGGCAAGCAGUCGGUCGCGGCGCCGCGGUUCAUUAGUCCCGCCUCCCAGCUAGUCAUCACCUUCAGCCUGAUCUCAGUUCAGUUAAUGGGUGUGUUUGUGUGGUUUGUGGCCGACCCGCCGCACACCAUUGUGGAUUACGGCGAGCAGCGUACGCAGGACCCCGAGAACGCCCGUGGGGUGCUCAAGUGUGACAUCUCGGACCUGUCACUCAUCUGCUCACUGGGCUAUAGCAUCCUUUUGAUGGUCACGUGCACUGUUUACGCAAUCAAGACCAGGGGAGUGCCGGAGACCUUCAAUGAAGCCAAGCCCAUUGGAUUUACCAUGUACACCACCUGUAUCAUCUGGCUGGCCUUCAUACCCAUCUUCUUUGGGACUGCACAAUCUGCAGAGCGGAUGUACAUUCAGACGACCACACUGACUGUCUCUCUGAGCCUGAGUGCAUCCGUGUCUCUGGGGAUGCUCUACAUGCCCAAAGUCUACAUCAUUAUCCUGCACCCGGAACAGAACGUGCCCAAACGCAAGCGCAGCUUCAAGGCCAUCGUCACCGCUGCCACCAUGACAAACAAGCUCAGCCAGCUGGCCAGUGAACGGCCCAAUGGAGAGGUGAAAACCGAGCUCUGUGAGAGUGGGGACAAUAGUAAACCGUCCACAAAAACAACCUACGUCAGCUACACCAAUCAUGCCAUAUGAGUGCACAUCCUGAAAAUGGUUUGGCAUGGAUCUGGCUGACUCCGACAAAACAGGAUCCGAUGACUGAAAUCCAAGCAUGAGACAUCAGUGUUGUUUGUGGACAAGAGGAUGGACUCUUGGACUUUUUUUCCUGGAUAUUUUAUAAGAAAGCCUAGGGAAAAAAAAUGGAUACAAAAGCUGCCAUUUACGUGGGCAGCCGAUAAAAUGGGACACUGGAAAAGGUGUCAGACCUGCAUUGGAAAACGCAUUUGUCUCUUGUAUUGGCUACUCUGGUCUGUAACCUCGGGUUGUGAGUGUGCAAAUGCCAUGGUUGAAGCAUGCCAAUUCAAUUUUUUAUACAAAUAAUUUAUUUAUAAUAAA